AUGGCAUUGAACAAACCUCAACCAUGGAUUAGAUACAUAGACAUCAUCAGUUUCACAAGGGAAUGCAUUUCAUUGGGCAUCCCAUUCAAUCAAUCAAUCAAUCAAUCAAUACACAUGAUGUCGAUGAUGACUCGACUACACUUUGUUACAAUA